AUUCGAGAAAGAAAGCAACUUUUGCGCAAAUUGCCAGUAUUUUGUGCCAAAGUAGAUCUAGACUUCAGCUGUCGGUGCACUGACUCUCGCUCUCAGAGUGUUGGAGCUGCAAGUAUCAAAUCCAUGGCGACAGUCACACCAUCACUAGUUCCACUCCUCUUCUUUGCCAGAAUCUCAGGGCUUGCAGUUGCAGCUCUGGUCAUUUUCUGGGCUUUCUCCUUCAAGUCCAGCUUCCUUCCUCAUUCUUCCCCACAAGAAGACCAAGGCCUCAUUUAUUCAGCUCUUCAUCCUCUGUUCAUGGUCAUUGGGUUUAUUCUCAUUAGUGGAGAAGGUAAUGGAAGUUUUUUAGCAACAUGUUUAAAAAUUGAAGCAAACCCUUCAGUUGCAAUUUUGAUCCAUAGGUGGUUGCCUGGUUCAAGGAGUUUGAAGAAAUCAGUGCAUUUGUGCCUUCAAGGCGUGGCUUUGGCUUCCGGGAUAGUUGGGAUUUGGACUAAAUUUCAAGGGAAGAAGGGCAUGGUGUCUAAUUUCUAUAGUUUGCAUUCUUGGAUGGGGUUGAUCUGCAUCCUCUUGUUUGGAGCUCAGUGGUUGAUGGGGUUCCUGAGCUUCUGGCAUCGAGGGGAAGUGCGCUCGGUGAGGCUAAGGGUGUUGCCGUGGCACAUCUUCCUUGGACUCUACACGUACGGUCUGGCUGUGGCAACUGCAGAAACGGGGCUUUUGGAGAAGUUGACAUUCUUACAAACGAAGAGGAAUGUGUCUAAACACUGUACCGAGUCGAUGCUUGUGAAUAGUUUGGGACUGGGGCUGGCAUUGGUCAGCGGCAUUGUAAUUUUGGCUGCAGUGUCGCCUAAAUACCAAGCCCUUCAAAGUAAACUCAUUUACUCGUCAGAUGGCAAAAAAUGCAUGUCUUCUUAAUCAAAUUUUGUUUUGUUUUGUAGUUUUUUUACUGCAAUCUGGGUUUGUGUGUUUUACUGUCUCUGUCUGUAAAUGUUAAUUUGUUGGUGAUGGUAAAUGUUUGAUCCAAGUUGGUGUAUGAA